GUUGCGUGCAGUGCGCUGAUGCGAAAUUCAAAAAGCGGCGCACUGUCAGCCGGUGUAAUUUUUGUUCGAUGGCCGACCGUUUAUCUUUACCUUCGCAAAUUAAUAUUGUGAUUUUUCGGAAAUUUAGCACAGUUUUGUCCAAUGUUAUCGAUAAAACGAAGUGAAAUUCAGUGAAAAUGAAUAGAACCAUCAGCAUGAAGCGUCUGAAUACGCCUUCCGGUGCGACAAAUGUGUGUGGUGUAGCGGAGGAACAGUUGGAUGCAGCGAUAUUCCAUUGUUUGACGGUGCUCACCAAGCGACAUGCACCAUCGGAACAGUUUCGUGCCGUGUUUGCCAAGGGAAUGUUCCUUAAGCCAAACACCAAGGCUUUCAUUCACGUACUGCAUUUUCUGUUUAACGCGUACGAUGCCAAGGAGUUCCGGAAGCGUUUCUACUGGCCAAUUUUCGAUAAGAACGCAGAAAGUGCCUUUCGCAGUUCGACCGUGGAGUAUGUGAAUCAUCUGGUCGAGCGCGGGAAGCUGGACAUGGAGAAGAUCAAGGCGCACACGGUGGUCCUUCCGGGUGGGUUGAAGUUCAUGAAGUUCCUGCUGGUGCUGAUUCGGUUCGUUACGAAGGAAGAGUUGCGACGGACUGGAGCGAAUUCUGGAGGAAAGAUAAUCUGCAAACGUGAUGUAGUGCAGCUGUUGGAGCAUCACCGAGAAUGGGAGGAAGUGGGAACCAAGAUCCGAGAUGCGAUACAAAGGGAUGUCGGGGUGAUUCAAGCGAGAAUUCAGGAAAUUGAUGAAUGGCUGGAGAAGCUGUUUGCGGACUGCCAGGGGCCGGCGAAACAAAUGAGCUAUGAAAAGCUGAUGGAACUGUGGGGAACAAUCAACAGGAAGCGAUUCGAAGAGACUGAAGCGAAACGAUGCAAACUGCAAGAAAUAACGACGGAAUAUAACAAAGUUAUUUCGUCGGCGAAAAGGAAACUGGAGCCAAAGGAGUUGUCGUUGGGAAUCAAAGAGGACGAACUGAAGGAAACGUUGUAUCGUUUGGAGGUUUUGUUUCCGGAUAAUGCCUGUCACUUCCGAGAGGUAUUCGAUGAGAAUGGAAAAAUCGACGCCGUAAAAAUGUUUGAAAUUUUGAUAUUCCUGGUCCCGGAUAUAAACCGUCAUUUAUCGGGCUUCUCCGUUCGCAGCAUUGAAUCGCUUAAAUUUGAAAUGAAGGAACUCUCAAAAGUCGUCUUAAAAUCCGACAGUAUUUGUCAUGAGUUGGCAUCCCUACGUAGAAGUUUGCCCUUUGGAGACGCAAAAUUUCACGAACUUCAAAAUCACAAUCAAGCCGACGAGCUAAAUGCUGAUCUCGGAAUCAGGAACAAAAUUUUUAAUACUCCCCCUAUUACUCUCAAUUUCCAAGAAGAUGGCGAAACAGGAAGCAGACCAAUAUCUAAAAGAAAUCGGCUUGCUUUAUUGGAUGAUGAUCAGAUUCACCAAAUGAAUCUACGGAUGCGACUCCUAUCCUCAAGCAUUUGUCAGCAGUUGCCUAGAACUCCUCGUUCCGCCAAGAAACCCAAGGUGGCCCCUGCAAGUCCCGGUGCCAGCGUAUUUGCCGUUCCAAAACUUGCCCGCAAGGAGAAGAUGAAUCCACUGUCCAUGCUAAACAAAAUAACGGCCCACGGCAAGCCAAAACCAAAGCCACCACAGCAACUGCCAGUCAACAGCACCCUCAACAUCUCAUCUCUUUCAACUUUGGGAGAAAUCUCUCUUCGCCCGGAAUUCUCAUCGACCCUUCUCGGAACCCCAGAAAAACAAACCUCCCAACCUGAUCCUACAAAAGAUCUCCCCGCCGCAGUGCAACCAGCAUUUCAACCGUCGCCUCGCCUCAAAGCCAUCUACAGCCAGGAUUUGAUCAGGGAAGCCCCCUCAUCUGCCAUCACGGCAAUCCCCCCAGAUUUCCUGCUCGGUCAAAACAGCGGCAGCAAAAACAGCAAACGGAGAAGUUCGCUGCUACAGCUCGACCAGCUGCAAACCUCUCCGUCCGGCAAGCUGGAGUCGCUGGUGAUGAAAGCGAAAGCCGCAGUGCCUUACAGAAUGCCGAAAAUCAGCAUUACCACACCGGCUGAGGAUGUGGACUCGGGCAUAGGUGAAAGGCUAGAGGGUCAGGAUGUGGCGGAAGAGAUGGGUUUUCCGGAAGCGAAUGGCCAGGACGAUUUGGAGCGGACGCUGCAUCAAGAGAGUAAUGACGCCUCGUUGGACGAUCUCUCGAAUACGCUGGUGGCGUUAGGACUGAGUCAGUUAACGCUUACAUCGCCACCGAACGACUGCAUCACCAGUGAUGAACCUCACCCUGCUCCUGCCGUUCCGAUGCAAACACUGGAUGAGGACUUGUUUAAUGUAAGUGAUGGUAUUUUAACAGAUUUCGAUUGAUUAUUACUUCCAUUGUUCCGUGAUUUACCUAUGUAUUUAUCCGCAAAGUUUAGUAUAUAAUUAGCGGUAGGAAUGCAAAUAGAAGCCUCUCAAUUUUACACGA